AUGGCGGAUGGCAUUAGACAAGCACUUAUUUCGAGCUUAUUUACGCAAGGCUCGGGCGAGAAACUUAUUGUUCAUGUAAAGACAUACAAAGAUAUUCAGUCGUCCGAUUCCAGCAAAGACAUCAAAGGAACCCCGCGUUAUUUAUGUUUGACCCAGAAAAAGAAUGCCAUUCGACUUUUAAAAGUAAAGAGAAGCCAAAAUGGUACUUUUAGUGUCAGUAAAGCUUGGAGUUUAGAUGACAUUCGACAAAUUCAAAUUGUUGAUGUAAGGUUUUCGAUACCAAUUCAAAAUCAUGCACUCUUAGCUGAUCCAGCAGCUCCAUCUAUGGGCUCAACAAGUAGUAUUACACCAGACAACACUUUUGACGAUAAUCGUGCUAAUAUGACACAAUCACCCGUCGCCCAUGACAAUUCAUAUAGCCCAUCACCCUCCACGAGUACCAGUUUUAAUUAUGCAAACGCACCUUCUCGAUCUGAGCGUGACAGAGCAAGAGAAGCUAAGAGGGAACGAGAGAAGCAAGAGAAACGAGUCGUAGAGGAAAAGCAACGUCAGAAAAAGGCAGAAGAAAUCCAGGAAAAGAUGACAGAGCAAGCUUCUCUAAUGAACGUAGAAGAAUUACUGACCGAUUUUAAUUGGAAAGCAAGUGGUAAUGCCGCUGCGCUUGAAAAGAGAUUAUUGGGCGAAUUGCACGCUUUAGAAGCUGCUAAUGUCCAUGCAAUUAUUCAAUCGGAUGAGCGUGUGCGAUCAAUUGUGGAUCAUAUUGAUAAAUCCUUAGACGAGCUCGAUAGUAUGGAAAGUUGGUUAUCACUUUAUGGUGCAGAGCUCAACAGUAUGGGUGAUGAUAUUCGAGAGAUUGAAACACAAAAUCGAGCACUUCAAAUAUUGAAUUCAAAUCAACACUUUCUCAUAUCCGAACUUGAUGCCUUACUGACAGCCAUCUCUAUACCCCGUAAAUGUCUGGACAGUUUACAAAACGAUCCCAUGGAUACUGUAGAUGAUGUUAUUAAUAUCCAAGAAUCCGCCGAGAUGUUACAAAAAGUGAUCAAAACGAAAUUGGGCGAUGGAUUACAAGAUAUGUCUGCAGUGCAGGAGAGACUCGAGACAUAUAACAUUCAUGGUAACAAAUUCAGUGAACGUAUCUUCAAGUUCUUGAAGGAGCAAUUUGAAUACCAGGCUCAGUUAUACGCUGAAACCAAAGCAAGGUCUUCCCCUACAGGAACUAGAAGGGGCAACAACAGUAUUAUCGUUGCACAGCCUCAUGAACAAAUCGAAGACCAGUUGAUCAAAUACCAAGGAUUUAAUCUUUGGGAAAAGGAAAUGGAACCUAGAAUGUAUAAUGAGUUGCAGAGAUGCUAUGCUCAAGCCAAUGCUCCCUUAUACGAACGUGAUGUUCGAGAAUUGAUUGAUGUUACACGAUCAUUUUAUGCAGCCUUACGUAAAAGAGACGUGGAUGAACUUGAAUACAUUUUUAAGCCUGAAGAAUCUAGACCCGCAAGAGCUUUAGCGUAUGCACCCAAUUUACGAGGUGAUGAUUCAAGACCUCACCGUUACCGUCAUAUGCUUCGAGGAUCUGUCGAGGGUGUUAUUGGAGGAGGAUUUAACGGUGGUACAGGACGUGCUAGUGUAGAUGAGGAUGAAAAGGCAGCAGAUGAUGCUUUUGCUCAAAUGAUUAGUCAAGCCAUUAUGGCUGUAUGCAGAGAGCAAAAUUAUAUGAGUGACUUGUUUGAGCAGACUUUAAACGGCCCCAAGUCUUUCUUGGAAAGAGGGAUGGUUUAUUCACAAGUACCAAACAAGGCAGAUUUGUAUGUCCGUAGAGAUAAGAUUCGAGAUGUCAAGAUGUCUAAAAAGAUUUUGACAUGGAUGGAAAUCAUUUUUGAAACUUUGGAACCAAAUCUUGUAAGUUUAUUGGAAUACGGUGUUAAGAGUGACCCAACUCAAGCAGUCAGUAUGCUUGGUGCCGUUGAAUUCCAACAAGAAAAAUGGGAUGGUUCCGAUCAAGAGUUUAUACUGAGAUUGUGUAAAUCAAUUUUGCAACGUUUAACCAAAAUGUUUGAAAGUUUUAUUGCGGACCAAGUUCGUAUUAUUGAGGAAACGAAGGUCAGCUCCAAGAAACGUAAGGGUAUUUUGUCUUUCUUCAGAACGUUUCCCGUUUUUGCCAUGAGAUUGGAAAUGGCAGCUGUCAAUGUUCAACCCGAAUCCGAAACUCGUGUAACAGUAACGGAGGCAUAUGAAAAAAUCAUUCAAGCAAUGAUGGGAAGUUUAGAAAGUAUUGCUAGAGAAAGUGACCAAACUGGUGACGAUAAGGAACAGUUAAAUGCGACCAUCAUGUAUAUUGAAAAUAUGCAUCAUAUGUAUCACACACUGCGUACAAACAAAUUGCAUGUGCUUGAAAAAUGGAUUAAGCAUGCCAAAACACAGUACGACAAUAGUUUGAACGCAUAUAUUAAGGUUAUUAUUCGCCGCCCACUUGGUAAAUUAUUAGAGUUCUUUGAGGGAGUUGAGAAUAUGACGCAUACAGGCACACCCGAAGAAGUAUCAUUUCACAUGAAUUACAACAAGACACAAUUACGUAGAGUGAUCACCAUGUAUCCUCCCAAAGAAAUUAAGAAAUCGCUGGAGCAAUUAUAUAAGCGUGUUGAUAAGCAUUUCUCAGAAGAAGAAGGUUUACUUCAAGUAGUUUGGCGUGGUAUCCAAGAAGAGUUCAUUCGUCAGCAUGAAAAGAUGGAGGAUUUGAUCCAUAAGUGUUAUUCUGAUGCAGGUGCUCAUUUAGAAUUUACCAUUCAAGAUUUGUUGGGCAUGAUGAGUGAGCUUGCCCGCAAAGUCAACGUAUAA